GGUGGUCUGAAUCCCGCAGCAAGGUGUGCCAGAUGUGUGACAUGGGAGAGGAUGAGACGGUGGAACAUGUGGUGCUGGAGUGUGUGAAGUAUGCCAGAGACAGGAAUGAGAUGAUGCAAGUGAUACUGACUGAGUUAGGGCAUGAUAGGAAUGAAAGAGUGAAGACAGGAAAGGAAUGGAUGGUGGUGUUGCUGGGACUGUGUAGAGAGGCGAAUGAAAGGAUGAUUGAGGCGGUGAAAGAGUUUCUGGAGAGAAUGUGGCGUGCCAGAUGUAUGAACAAUUAGGAUAGAGGAUGCUGUUCGUUUCUCUUUUUUUUUUUCCCCCUUCUUCAGGAGUUGUCGAUCCAAAGGCCUGGCUCAGGAGUGAUCCUGUGCCACCUGUACCAUCAAGAUCAAGAUUCAUCUUCGUCAUUAUCUGCCAGCCUGCCAGGGUCGGUGCACACGUGAAGCUGAGAGAGGAGUGUGGUGCCAUGUCGUGGUUUAGAGGAGCCAGUCGGCUGGGUGUGGUGGCAGCAGCAGCAGGCGGCUCAGUGGCUGGGUUCCUGCUGGGCCGAGAUGAGCGGAGAGCGUCAGUGGAUGCUUCUUGGACCACUGGCUACACUCCCUCUGUCAAGUGGGAUUGGAACUGGGACAGAAGAGAUGCUGACAGUCUAGUGAAGCCUCUGAAACACAAGCCAGACUUCAACAACAACAGCAAUCUCACCAACGCCAGCCACUUCAGCAAUGACAUCAAUAACAACAUGAUUGAGGCACGAGAAGAGAAGCUGGAGAAGGCGCGAGCCACAGCCUCCCGCCACCUCAUCUUUGUGCGCCAUGGCCAGUACAACCUUCACGCCUCCGCAGACCAGGACCGCACCCUCACCAGACUGGGUCGGGAUCAGGCAGCCCUCACUGGAGAGCGUCUGAAGGAACUAGGUCUGCCAUACUCUCGGUUUGUGUAUUCCACCAUGACCCGAGCCACCGAGACAGCCAACAUCAUCAGGGAGAAGAUUGGGGAAGUGGAGGAAAUAGACCACUGUGAUCUGCUGAGGGAGGGAGCACCAGUACCUCCUGAGCCACCCUUGGGAAGUUGGAAGCCGGAGAUGCACUUCUACACUGAUGGGGCACGCAUUGAGGCUGCCUUCAGGAAAUAUGUGCAUCGAGCCGCCCCCAGCCAGGAGAAGGACAGCUAUGAGGUCUUUGUGUGUCAUGCAAAUGUCAUUCGCUACUUUGUCUGCAGAGCGCUACAGCUUCCCCCUGAAGCAUGGCUUAGGAUAUCACUUCACAAUGGCAGCAUAACACACUUGGUGGUGCGGCCUGAUGGCAGAGUGGUGGUGUGGCACCUUGGUGAUUGUGGAUACAUGCCCCCAGAAAAGUUGUCUCGUACCUAACCUAACCAGUGCCAUUAUGUUCCUGAUAUUUUGAGUGGUUCGUAAAGGUGCUGUGGGAGCUGCACCUAACCAAUGUUCCAGAUUGUUUAGGUGUGCUUGAUUUGGUAAGCUGUCCUGCACCUAACCAAUGUUCCAGAUUAUAUUGAGUGUUUAGGUGUUGGGGGAGUUAGUAAGCUGUCCCUUACCAAACCAAUGGCAGCACAUCCCAGAUUAUGUUGAAUGGUUUAUUUAGGUGUUGGAUGAGUUGGUAAUUCCACUUGGGUGAUGGGAAACAGGAUUCUUGGCAGGAUGAAAACUAAUUGGGUUUCAUGGGCUUAUGAUUUGUACAGUAAUGACUAUUGUAUGUUGAUGAUACAUAGGGAGUUGUGGAUGAGGGCAUGGGGUGUGGUCAUAUGCUGGGUGAGGCAAAGACUGGAAGAUUGGGCAGAGAGAGGCACUUGUGAGAGUCACUGGAAGUUGUACUGUAUUCAUUUUUUAUUAAAAUCUGUGUGAACUAAAGCAUCAUUACAUGGCUUGUGCUUUAGUGUCAUAUUCCUGGAAACAUUCAGAUUAAAGCACUCUGAUGCUGAUUGCUGGGAUUGAGAGGUGACUGUGAGUCUUGUGAGAUCAGGUAGUUCCUGUGGACCCAACUUUCAUAUUAAUUUCAUUUGUACAGUAAUUGCUGAUCCUCAUAAUUAUGAAGAAAUCAAAUGUAUAUUCAAAAUGUGCCUGUGAUGUGAGAUUGUUUCCUGGACAGAAAACAUCAAAAUGAAUGCUGGAAAGGAGCAGGAUGAUUGCAGCCACAGAAAGCUGACAAUGUGGUGGAUGUUUGUCAACUUAACAGCAGUAGAUGCUUAAUGUUUAGUGAGAUAGGAGGCAGAAGGUGGUAGCGAGUGUUUAUGGCAUCCUUCAGAGCUGCGAGUCCUUGGAGCCUUGAUGAAACAAAGAGGUGGUAUGAGGAACUGGAGGAACAAGAACAGUAUUACCACAUUAGUGUUCACACCCUGCAUCACUUCUGCCAUAGGUGAUGUGUGUGUAUAGAGCUGAUUGGCUAUAUACUAGAUUAGGUAUUUGCCUGUAUAGAGCUGUUAACUUAUAUUAUUUAUUAUGUCUCAUAAGAAUAGUGUUUGAAGUGACUUUGAUCUAUCAAUUGCCAAAUAAAUGCCAAAUGCAUUAGUGUAAUGCCUGGUCAUCUUGUGAUACAACUCAUUACUGUCUAGGGCAGUUUUUGUAAAUCCUUACCAGUAAAGUAGUUCAUGAUUA